AUGGAUUCACUCGUUGCCGGAAUGGAAGGAACGACGGUCUACCUGGACGACCUGAUGAUCUGUGGACGAACGGUCGAAGAGCACAAUAACCGUGUUGUCGCCGUUUUUGCAAAGCUGGACGAGCACGGAUUCCGCAUCAAACCGGAGAAAUGCCAUUUUCUCAUGCCAAAAAUCGACUUUUUGGGAUUCCAAAUCGACUCUGAAGGACGCCGCCCGGAUCCAGCCAACGUCCAGGCGAUUCUCGACAUGCCGCCGCCGAAAAAUGUGACGGAAACGCGAGCUUUCCUUGGAAUGGUCCAGUUCUACGGAUCUUUUGUGCCUGCGCUGCACGCGCAUCGACGGCCGCUCGACGCUCUCACCAAAAAGGACGUCAAGUUCGAAUGGAGCGCCGCCUGUCAGAAGGCAUUCGAAGCUGUCAAAAGGAUGCUCAAUUCCGACCUUCUGCUCACUCAUUACGAUCCAAAGUUGCCGAUCAUCGUCGCUGCCGACGCCUCGCAAUAUGGAAUCGGUGGCGUGAUCUCCCAUCGUUGGCCAAAUGGGACGGAAAAAGCGAUUUUCCACUUUAGUCGUGCUCUGACGGCCACUCAACAAAGGUACAGUCAGAUUGAGAAGGAAGGACUCGCUCUUGUCACCGCCGUCACCAAGUUCCAUCGUUACCUUCAUGGCCGCCACUUCACUCUCCGAACGGAUCACAAGCCAUUGCUGACAAUCUUUGGCGGAUCCAAAGGAGUACCGAUUUAUACUGCAAAUCGACUGCAAAGGUGGGUCACCAUUCUGCUCAACUACGAUUUCGAAAUCUCGUACGCCAAAACAAAAGAUUUCGGACAGGCCGAUGCCCUGUCACGCCUCAUCAACCAGAAAGCCCGUCAAGCUGAAGAAGAUGAGGGGAUCAUCGCUUAA